CCUUCAGUGUCGUCCUAAAUAUUCACUUAACCUUCAGGAAUUUUUUAAAAGAUGGCCUUCGUUUCAACCCAAGGACCCACUGUGGUCGACCAGACCACCUUAAUGAAAAAAUACCUCCAGUUUGUGGCGGCUCUCACCGAUGCCAACACACCCGAUGAAACGAAACUGAAGAUGAUGCAAGAAGUUAGUGAAAACUUUGAGAACGUCACUUCAUCUCCUCAAUAUUCCACAUUCCUGGAACACAUCAUCCCUCGCUUCCUGACGUUUCUCCAAGAUGGGGAAGUCCAGUUCCUGCAGGAAAAACCUGCACAGCAACUGAGAAAAUUAGUUUUGGAAAUAAUCCACAGAAUACCAACCAACGAGCAUCUGCGCCCGCACACCAAAAAUAUCUUAUCUGUGAUGUUUAGAUUUCUAGAGACCGAAAAUGAAGAAAAUGUUCUUAUUUGCUUGAGGAUAAUUAUUGAGCUUCACAAACAAUUCCGGCCACCCAUCACGCAAGAGAUUCAUCAUUUCUUGGAUUUUGUGAAACAGAUUUACAAGGAGCUUCCAAAAGUAGUGAAUCGGUACUUUGAGAAUCCUCAAGUUGUGCCCGAGAACACCAUCCCUACCCCAGAAAUGGUGGGCUUGAUCACGACGAUUGUAGUGAAAGUAAACCCGGAGAGGGACGACAGCGAAACCAGAUCGCACGCAGUCAUUCCUCGCGGCUCCCUUUCCUUGAAAGUUUUAGCAGAACUUCCCAUAAUCGUAGUCCUCAUGUAUCAGCUCUAUAAGCUGAAUAUUCACAACGUGGUAGCCGAAUUUGUGCCCUUGAUCAUGAAUACCAUCAUUAUUCAGGUGUCCAACCAAGCCAGGCAGAAUAAAAACUACAAUAAGGAAUUGUACGCCGACUUCAUUGCUGCCCAGAUCAAAACGUUGUCGUUCCUGGCUUACAUUAUAAGGAUUUAUCAGGAGCUGGUAGCGAAGUAUUCCCAGCAGAUGGUCAAGGGAAUGUUGCAGCUGCUGUCCAACUGCCCAGCAGAAACGGCCCACCUGAGGAAGGAGCUGCUCAUCGCAGCCAAGCACAUCCUCACCACCGACCUGAGGAGCCAGUUUAUCCCGUGCAUGGACAAAUUGUUCGAUGAAUCCAUACUCAUAGGCUCUGGCUACACGGCCCGUGAAACGCUCAGGCCCCUUGCGUACAGCACCCUGGCCGAUCUGGUCCACCACGUCCGGCAGCACUUACCCCUCAACGACCUCUCCCUGGCCGUCCAGCUCUUCGCCAAGAAUAUCGAUGACGAGUCUUUGCCCAGCAGCAUCCAGACCAUGUCGUGCAAACUUCUGCUGAACCUGGUGGAUUGCAUUCGGUCCAAGAGCGAGCAGGAGAACGGAAACGGCAGAGAUAUCCUCAUGAGGAUGUUGGAGGUAUUCGUCUUGAAAUUCCACACCAUUGCCCGCUAUCAGCUUUCCAUUAUCUUUAAAAAGUGCAAGCCCCAGUCAGAGCUGGGGGCAGGAGAAGCCGCUUUAACGGGCGCACCGGCAGGAGGAAACGCACUUCCGGUCACGGUGCCCUCCCCUGCGCCCACCACCCCGGUAGCCCCAGCUUCAGGACCGGUCUUUGAGAAGCAAGGGGAGAAGGAGAAGGAGGACAAGCAGACUUUUCAAGUCACCGAUUGCCGGAGCUUGGUGAAGACUUUAGUCUGUGGGGUCAAGACCAUUACAUGGGGCAUCACGUCUUGUAAAGCCCCCGGAGAAGCCCAGUUCAUUCCCAAUAAGCAGCUUCAGCCUAAAGAGACCCAGAUCUAUAUAAAAUUGGUCAAAUAUGCCAUGCAGGCUUUGGACAUUUAUCAGGUCCAAAUUGCCGGGAACGGGCAGACGUAUAUUCGGGUCGCCAACUGCCAGACGGUCAGAAUGAAGGAGGAGAAAGAGGUCCUGGAACACUUUGCUGGGGUCUUCACCAUGAUGAACCCCCUGACUUUCAAGGAGAUCUUCCAGACCUCUGUCCCUUACAUGGUGGAAAGGAUCUCCAAGAACUACGCACUUCAGGUAAUAUAUUUUGUCUCCUUGACGGUGACCGACCCAUGAAACGAGGCAUCAAAGAUCAACCGUUCUUCUCCAGCAC